AUGUCGAGGCGUCGAGACGGUGCGUGUCCCGAUGGCAACUUCGGUCCAUGGGCUGGGCCGGACUGUCGCGGCGGCUUCGACUUCACCCUGCUCUUUGAGGAGACCAUCUUGUCCAUCCUGCUCUCGGCUGUCUUCCUCUGCCUCACGGCCCUCGAUGUGGCCUCGUGCCUCAAGGCGCCCACCAAGAUCCGGGCCCACGCCAUCACUUGGGUCAAGCUGACACUCGUCACCGGCCUCGUCGCGCUCUCGGCCGCCGCCCUGGGCAUCCACGCGACCGAGGACGACACUAGCCAGACAAGCACCACAGUGCCGAGCGCGGCCCUCGUCCUCGUCGCGUCCAUCGCCUUUGCGGUGCUUUCCACGCUCAAGCAGCGCGCCUCGCUGCGUCCCUCGCUGCUCAUCACCGCCUAUCUCUCGCUCUCUGUCCUGCUCGACGUCGCGCGCGCCAGGACACUAUGGCUCUCUCCUUCCGUGUCCACGUCCACUCGUUCCGUGCUCACCGCGUCUCUAGCGCUGCGUGCCCUCAUCCUGCUGCUCGAGAGCACGGAGAAGCGCUCGUAUCUCCUGCCAGAGUACCGCAGCGUCGCGGCCGAGACCACCAGCGGUCCCAUCAACACGAGUCUGUUCUGGUGGCUGAAUCCCCUCUUCCUGCGUGGCUAUAGAAGCCUCCUGGACUACGACCAUCUAGGCCGCCUCGACGAGGAGCUGGAUUCGGAACGACUGGGCGUGCGGCUGCGGCACGCAUGGAGAAAUGUCGAGGACCAGAAAAAGCCGAACGCCCUCUUUGGCGCCUGGCUGAGCGCUUUCCAGGGCCCGAUUCUGCUGCCGGCCUUUGCACGCCUGUUCCAGAUCGGCUUCACCUUUGCUCAGCCUUUUCUCGUCACAGCUGCUAUCCGCCUCGCGGCGUUGCCUCAACAGGAACCCUACAACAAUCUGGGCUACGGGCUGAUCGGCGCCUACAUUCUGGUGUACGGCGGCAUCGCGAUCUCCGUCAGCCAGUCCGAGUGGCGGGCCUGGCGCGCAGCUACCAUGAUGAGAGGCAGCGUCGUCCCGCUCAUUCACGACAAGGCUGUCGUGCUCGAUUCGUCGACACACACCGGUCUCAGCCACAUGGGCGCCCUGACACUCAUCAGCACCGAUAUCGAGACCAUUGUCUCGGGACUCACCCAGCUCCACGAGACGUGGAGCAACGUGGUCGAGCUAGCCUUGUCCAUCUACCUGUUGGAGCGGCAGCUGGGCGUCUCUUGCGUCAUGAGCAUCGGCUUCUCGCUUGUCGUCAUGGUCGGGACAGGUUUUCUUGCCGUGCCCACGGGGACGCGCCAGGCUCUGUGGAAUCAGGCCUCGCAGGAGCGUGUCGCGGCCACAUCCCAUACCCUGGGCAGCGUCAAGUGGAUCAAGAUCUCCGGCCUGACCGACAUUGCCUUCUCCGCGCUGCGUAAUCUCAGGGCCCACGAGCUCCAGGUCUCGGAGCGCUUCCGAUGGCUGCUGGGCGGCUCUCUCGUGUUAUCUCUCUCGACCCCUAUCCUCGGCCCGCUGCUGACCUUUGCGACGGCCGCUGGCGUGUCCACGAGCUCAAACUCGGGGCUCAGCAUUGCCCAGAUCUUCACUGCAUUUUCCAUCAUGGUCCUGCUCAACAGCCCCCUCACCAAGCUCGUGAUUGCCCUCCCGCAGAUCGCCGGCGCCGUGACCUCCUUCCAGCGUAUACAAGACUUUUUGAACGCCCAGGAGUACCGCGACGUGCGCGGCGUCAUGCUACUCGAUGGGGAGGAGAAGGGCGGCGCCUCGGUGGCCGACAAAACCAAUUACGGUGGCCGUGCCAUGGCCACAAUGCGUGGCGCGUUCUUCUGGUCUGGCAGCACCCCGGAGAUGGGGGAAGAGUCUCGAGAGAAGGUAGACAGCAAGUCGGCCAGCGAGGCUCAAGCCGUCGCACGGAUGGAGCAUACUUCGCCCACGAUCGUCAUCUCGUCCCCCCUGCGCAUCACGCGAAACACACUGACUGUCAUCAUGGGGCCCGUCGGCUGCGGAAAGUCUUCGCUCCUGCGCGCCCUGCUCGGCGAGCUCUCCGUGCAAGGCGAGGUGAGCGUAGGAUGCGCGGGGCCCAUUGCCUUCUGCGAGCAGAGCCCCUGGCUACCCAACGAGACGGUGCACCAGCUGGUCACCGGUCGUCUGCCUAGCGACACGGGUGACAAGAGUACCGUGGACGUCAGCUCCAAGCUCUCCGACGACGACGACUGGUAUCGUACCGUGCUCCGCGCAUGCCGACUCGAAAGGGACAUUGAGACCUGGCCUCGAGGCGAAGAGACCAGGGUUGGCUCCAAAGGAAUUACCAUGAGCGGUGGCCAGAAGCAGAGACUUUCCUUGGCAAGAGCCAUAUACGCACGACGCGAACUCCUCCUCCUUGACGACUCGUUCAGUGGCAUCGACGCCAGCACAGAGGAUGCCCUGUUUAUGGGCCUCCUGGGCCACAACGGCCUCCUGCGCUCCGCCAACAUGACGACGAUCAUGACCUCGUCCUCCAGUAGGCCUCUGCUUCCUCUCGGGCGCGUCAUCAAAGCUCCGGUAGCUAAUAUCCGUCUAGCUCGCGUCUUGGCCUUUGCCGAUCGUCUUAUCACGAUGAACCAGGAGGGGCAUGUGACCGACAUGAAAGACUUGCACACAGCCGAGGGCGACACAGUCGCCUCUGAAAUCCUUGAGAAAAUCGACCGCUGGGCCGCGCAUGAAGCCCACGAGGAUGGGCCGAGGACGGCUCCUGCUGCCUCGCGCGGCGACGGCCAGCCAGAGACGGAAUUGAUGACCACCACGGAAGCCCAGGCCGACGCCGCACGUCAGGUGGGCGACGCCAGUGUCUACAAAUACUACGCAAAGGCAGCAGGAUACCGCACUCUCGUCGGCUUUGUGGUGGCCAUGUCCGUCUUUGCCUUUUGCGAUGCCUUCCCCAGCAUAUGGCUGAAAUGGUGGGCCGAGGCUAACGAGGAUGGCGCGGGCAACGACCUUGGAAAGUGGUUCGGUGUGUACACACUCCUGUGCGUCGGUGCUCUGGUAUCCUGUUUCAUCGGCAUGUGGCAGCUUUUCAUCCUGGCCAUCAACAAGACGGCCAGUCAAUUCCAUGAGAUCCUCCUCCAUGCCGUCUCUCACGCGCCGAUAGCCUUCCACGCGACAACCGACACCGGGACCACGAUCAACCGGUUCAGUCAGGACCUGCAGCUCAUCGAUAUGGAGCUGCCGCCCGCCGCCAUGGGCGUGACAAUGUCGACCGCCUUUGGCUUUGCCCAGUUCAUUCUCGUCUGUGUCUCCUCGCGGUACCUGUCCAUCCUCGUUCCCUUUCUGAUCCUCGCCUUCUAUCUGCUGGGCCACUUUUACCUCCGCACGGCCCGGCAGCUUCGUCAGAUGACCAUCGACCUCAAGGCGCCUCUGUAUACCCACUUCAUGCAGACGCUGACGGGGAUGGUCUCGAUCCGCGCGUUCGGCUGGCAGGACCGCUCGGCGCACCAGAACAUCCUCAUCCUGGACAAGUCCCAGCGGCCCAACUACCUCCUCUACUGCGCCCAGCGAUGGCUGACACUGGCCGUCAACAUCAUCAUCAUGCUCGUCGCCAUCGCCCUCAUUGUGGUGGUCACCAAUCUGCGCGAGGCCAUUGGGCCCGGCUACGUCGGUGUCGCGCUGAGCAACAUCCUCGCCUUUAGCUUCACCGUCCAGGCCAUCAUCACGAGCUGGGUGCAGCUCGAGGUGUCGCUUGGCGCCGUCGCGAGGAUCAAGACAUUCGCAAAGGCGCUCCCCAGCGAGGACGACGUGGCAGGCCUAACGGAAAGCACCGGAGAUAUAGCGGAGAGCUCGUGGCCCCCCGAGGGCCAAGUGUCUAUCCGCAACCUGUCAGCGUCCUACUCACCCUCCGCCAAGGUCCUCGACAAUGUGUCGCUCGAGGUAGAGGCUGGUCAAAAGGUCUGCAUAUGCGGCCGAACGGGGAGUGGGAAAUCCUCUCUCUUCCUGUCCCUGCUGGGCCUCGUGGAGCAAGACUCUGGAUCUAUCUUUGUCGAUGGCGUGGAUCUCGCAGCCCUGCCCCGCGAGUACCUCCGGUCCAGGAUCGUCGCGAUCCCACAGGAGGCGUACAUCUUGCCAGGCUCUGUCCGCUUCAACAUUGACGCGCACCACCAGCACGAGAGCACAGCCACCGACGGCCGCGAUGCGCAGCGGGAUCACCUCAUCCUCGAAGCGCUCGACAAGGUUGGGAUGCGACACAUGGUCGAGGCCCGCGAGGGCGGUCUCGAUGCGGCCAUGGACGAGAACACGUUCUCCCAGGGCCAGAUGCAGCUGCUCAUGCUGGCGCGAGCGAUGAUGAGGCAGACGGGCGGUCGGCUUCUCCUCAUUGAUGAGGCGACAAGCAGUCUUGAUCAGGCAGCUUCGGCCAAGAUUGAUGAAGUCAUCAAGACGAGCUUCGCGAACUGGACCGUCCUCGCCAUUGUCCACAAGCUCGAGGUGACGUUGGACUACGACAAGGUGGUGGUGCUGGAUGCGGGCCAGGUCCUGGAAUUCGAUGAGCCCAGGGCACUGCUGGCACGGCCGUCCGUCUUCAAGAAGCUAUAUGAGUCUUCGACAGAGGGCUGA